UCUUCUAUCCAAUCAUCGGUCCUAGUGAUUUUUCUAACAUGGUAGAGUAUUAGCAGCAAUUAAAGCAAAAAACUAAGACAGUUGCCAGAAGCCAAUAGGCUAUAUAUAAGCGUCGGUGUACAUCACCAAAAGUGAGAUUUAUUUUGUAUACUAAUUCUUUGAUCAGAAAUUUUUGUAUACCAUUUCUGAAACAAAUUCCAAAUUUACACAAAAUACAAAUCCUAUUUCUGGAAAGCAAAAAAAAAAAACCCUAAAAACAGAACAGAUACAGAGAGAGAGGAAGAAGAGAAGAGAGAAAGAGAAAGAGAGAUAGAGAUAUCGUCUUCUCUUACAACCUCACAAGAAUCAAACCAAACAAAAGGUGACUUACGAUACUGAUCUCAAAAUCCGAAUAUUUUUCGCCAUUUCACGAAGAUCUAUCCGUUUCAAUGGCGGAUUUGCUUAGAAAAGUGAAAUCGAUGAAGAAGAAGCAGGAUCAGAGCAGUCAACAAGCUAUGAUCCUUGGCAAAUACGAAAUGGGUAGGCUUCUUGGCCAUGGAACCUUCGCUAAAGUUUAUCUCGCAAGAAACGCUCAAACUGGAGAAAGCGUAGCGAUCAAGGUAAUCGACAAAGAGAAAGUUCUCAAAUCCGGUUUAAUCGCUCACAUCAAACGCGAGAUCUCGAUCUUGCGUCGUGUUCGUCAUCCAAACAUCGUUCAGCUAUUCGAAGUCAUGGCGACCAAAUCCAAGAUCUAUUUCGUAAUGGAGUACGUCAGAGGAGGUGAAUUGUUCAACAAGGUAGCUAAAGGAAGGUUAAAAGAAGACAUCGCACGUAAAUAUUUCCAGCAGUUGAUCUCAGCCGUAUCGUUUUGUCACUUCCGUGGUGUUUAUCAUCGAGAUUUGAAACCGGAGAAUCUUCUUUUAGACGAAAACGGAAACCUAAAAGUCUCUGAUUUUGGUCUUAGUGCUGUUUCUGACCAGAUUCGUCAAGACGGGCUUUUCCAUACGUUUUGUGGUACGCCUGCUUACGUGGCACCGGAGGUUCUUGCUCGGAAAGGCUACGACGGAGCUAAAGUUGAUAUUUGGUCUUGUGGAGUGAUCUUGUUUGUGUUGAUGGCAGGGUUUCUCCCUUUCCAUGAUCGGAAUGUUAUGGCUAUGUAUAAGAAGAUUUAUAGAGGAGACUUUAGGUGUCCGAGAUGGUUUCCGGUUGAGAUUAACCGGUUAUUGAUUCGAAUGUUGGAGACUAAACCGGAUAGACGGUUUACAAUGCCGGAGAUUAUGGAGACUAGUUGGUUCAAGAAAGGGUUUAAGCAUAUUAAGUUUUAUGUUGAAGAUGAUCAUAAGCUCUGUAAUGUUGAUGAUGAUGAUGAUGAUAUUGAAUCAAUUGAAUCGGUUUCGGGGAGGUCUUCUACGGUUUCUGAACCGGAAGACUUGGAGUCUUUUGAUGGGAGGAGGAGAGGGGUUUCAAUGCCUAGACCGGCUAGUUUGAAUGCUUUUGAUAUCAUUUCGUUUUCUCCCGGUUUUGAUCUUUCCGGUUUGUUUGAAGAUGAUGGUGAAAGCUCUAGGUUUGUCUCUGGAGCUCCUGUGGCUACGAUCAUAUCGAAGUUGGAGGAAAUUGCAAAGAUUGUGAGUUUUACGGUGAGAAAGAAGGAUUGUAAAGUGAGUCUUGAAGGUUCAAGAGAAGGAAGUACGAAAGGUCCAUUGUCAAUUGCUGCUGAGAUAUUUGAACUGACUCCAGCUUUGGUUGUUGUUGAAGUUAAGAAGAAAGGAGGAGACAAAAUGGAGUAUGAUGAGUUUUGUAAUAAGGAACUCAAACCGAAAUUGCAGAAUUUAUCUUCGGAAAAUGGCGAAUCGGUUUCUUGUUCGCGUUCUUUGCCAGAUUUUUUACUUUCUGAUACUGAGUAGGAAGGUGAAAAAUGAAAAUUUGUUUUUGAUUUAGAUUUGUGAAUUAUAUGAGUUAAAGGAAUUGUAAUGUUCUUGUUCUUUGAAUGGUGUGUGAGAGGGCAUUAGAAUUUAGACCUAAAGACAGUGGUGAGAGAUCGAUGAAUCAUCAUUUAUCAUUUUAUUGAUAUGUAGAAAGGGAGAGGAAAUACAUAGAUUGAAUAAACAAGUUUGUUAUU